AUGCCUUCUCAAUCAACAUCUUUUCCAUAUGACAGAGUAGAAACACCAUUAACAAACUCAACAACAGCAUCAGCCCCAACUUUAUCCUCUACGCCAACACCUAUUGACAACAAUACAAGACAUCGCUCCGGUUCUUUUCAAACACCGUUUACUCAAGGCAUCUUCAAUACAUGGCUAGGUGACGUGAUUCAAAGCCCUACUUCUCCUACCAGCACCGAUCAACUUUUAAAAGGGGAUGAUAGUCAUAUGAUUACCAGUACGUUGGCUUCUUUGGGUUUGGAUGAUCGACUUCAUAGACCUUCUCUUCAUACAAGUCAUUCUUAUUCAUCAUUACAGUCUACAACAGAUGAGGAUUGGUAUCGUCAUCAAUCUCAUGGAUUAUCAACUACCACAACACCAUCAUCAAAUUAUGUAUCAACAACCGAAAUUCAAUUCAGGGGUAAUACCUCCGCGAAUGCUUUAUAUUCAUCUUCAUUAUCAACUGCUUCUGAUAGUCCAAGAAUGAUACGAAUGUCACCUAUGUAUCGUCAACAACAACGUCCUUUUUUACGCCUGUCUACCAGUACUGCCGAUUUAAUUGAAAAUAUGAACCGUCAACGCAAGAUUCAUUCUGAUGAUCCUUUUCUCACAAUUCCCAAUGAAAAGAGCUGCAUUUUAGACGGUGAUGUCAAUUAUGAUUCUUCUUCAAAUAUGGUGAACAAUGAUACUUCACAAACGACAAUCAUUACAUCACAAACACCAACAAGAUCAUUAUGGUUCGGUCAUUUGGAUUCUUCUUUUAAUUUGGAUGAUUUGACAGCCAUGUUUACAAGGUUUGGACCUAUUGACACUAUUCGACGUUUACCGGAUCAAUAUAUUUUGAUCAAUUUUGUACAUGUAGAAGAUGCUAUCAAGGCAAAGGAAGCGAUCGUCAAUCAACAAAUGAAUGGUUAUUUGGAUUCUUCAAUAUUACGUAUUGGUUAUGGAAAAUUGGAUGUUCCAUCUCCGUCGACACUGGAAUUUGGCAAUGUGCAAGGACCUACAAGGGCAUUAUAUGAUGCUGUGCGUGCCAAACAAGCUUUACAAUCAAGAGAAAUCAUGGGUCCUGGAUCUGGUCCUGUACGUAUUGGAUUUGCCAAAGUACCUUGUAUGAAAUCAAAUGGAAAAACGCCUGUACAAAAUGAAGAUGGCUUUGAAAAUGUGUUGAUACCCGGAUCUUCCAAUACAACCAGUUUUAUGACAAAUUCUUCGACACCUCCUCCUACAUCUACUUCCUCUACUUCAAAAUUAAUCUGGUGUUCUUCCUCUGGUAUAUCUCCAAUCAAUCUUACUUAUGCACCAAAUAUGGAUGCUUACACGAUGUAUUAUAUGAUGAAUGAAAUGAAUGGUGGUCAUCCAAAUAAUAUGCUUGCUGCUGUGGCUGCGGAACGACAAUAUAUCAUGAAAGAAUUGGGCGAAGAUGAUGCGGAUGGUGCAUUAUUUGAUGGUCUUCACAUGGCUCUUACGUAUUACCCUACCAUUGCUCCUGCACCUGAACUUGGUCAGCAACGUGGCAUAGAUAUUUCAAGAUUGCGUGAUAUUCGCAAAAGAUUGGACAAUGGUAGCUCUAUUCCAUUACAAGAAGUAGAAGCAAUUGCUAUGGAAUGUAUGGAUGAUUUGGUGGAACUUUGUAGUGAUUAUAUUGGAAAUACAGUAGUGCAAAGAUUAUUCGAACGAUGUUCUGAAACAACGAAAUCCAUCAUGUUGGAUGUGGUGGCACCUCAUAUUGCUUCGAUUGGCGUACAUAAAAAUGGUACAUGGGCAGCCCAGCGGAUUGUCGAUACUUCCAAAUCACCAGGUCAAAUCAAUGUGGUGUGUGAACAUAUACGACCUUAUGUGCCUGCUUUAUUAUUGGAUCAAUUCGGAAACUAUGUAGUACAAUGUUGUCUUGCCCUUGGCCCUGAAACCAAUCAAUUCAUUUUCGAUGCUAUUGUAGAUAAUUGUUGGGAAAUCGCUCAAGGUCGAUUUGGUGCGCGUGCAGUACGGGCUACUUUGGAAAGUCCUCAUGUUACAAAACGUCAACAGAAAUAUGUAGCGGCUACAUUGAUACAGCAUGCUUUACUUUUGGCAACCAAUGCAAAUGGAGCUCUGUUACUGAUUUGGUUAUUGGAUACUUCUGGUAUCAUGGGAAGAUAUCGUGUAUUAGGUCCACGUCUGAUUCCUCACUUGUCAAAAUUAUGUACACAUAAAUUGGCAUCCUUGACUGUCCUCAAACUCAUCAAUCAACGACAUGAACCCGAAGCAAGACAACAAAUCCUUGAUACUUUAUUCUUUCAUCAAAAUGAUCAAGUUUUGUACGACGUAUUAUUGGAUCAAGUACAUGGCGUGAGCCUGAUACAAAAGAUUCUUUCUAGUUCCUAUGUGGAUUUACGUGAACGACAACGAAUGGCCGAACGUGUGAAACAAAUGUUGGCAAAGAACAAAUUAUUACAUAUACAAGGCUACAAACGGUUAUUGGAAGAAAUCAAUAUGGUGAUGGUGGAUUCCAAUCCUGGUCCAAGUUUGGCUGCUACUUUACCUGGUGUCAUCAUGCCUUCUGCUUCCACUGCUGUAUGGAUGAAUCAAGAAUGGGCCGCCUUGCAUGCUCAUUAUAUUUCUGCGGCAACAGCAGUUAUCCAACAACAACAGCAACAACAACAGCAACAACAACAGCAACAGCAACAACAACAGCAACAACAACAACAACAGCAACAACAACAACAGCAACAACCUUUAGAUGAUACAACAAAUAUGAAUGUAACAUCUUGUUCAUCAUCAUCGCCAUCAAAUCCAAUCAAUCCUUCUACUACUUCGACUUCUCAAAUACUAUCCGGUACUAUAUCCUUGGAUCAAGAAUCAUCUAUCUCAAAUCCUUAG